AUGCAUCGGUUGAAUUUUGCAGUGCCAAUUUGUUAUGGAGGUUACUCUUCAUUAGGAGGAAGUGGCUGCAGUGGUGGCGGCUGUGGUGGUGGAGGUAACUAUGCAGCACCUCCAAUAGCAGGCCCACCACCACCACCUUCAAGCAUUGGUGCCGGAGGUGCUUAUUUGGCGCAACCUCAACCCAUUACUUAUGUUAGUAGUGGUAGUGGUGCACAACAACCUUACGGUACUACUGGUAAUACCGGUAGCACAUUUCAGUGGUUAUGUACCGUUUAUCCAAAAAAUUAUGAGUGUAUCAUUCAAUGUGCGACUGGAUACAGUGCAGUUGCGACUGGAUACAAUGCAAAAGUCGCAAUGCGCCCUGAAAUUAGUAUCGGGGAUUCAGUUCAAUCUGUUGCCAUGCCACCGGUAAAUAUCCCAGAACAAACAUUGCUAUCAUCAGCUGGUGGACAAUAUAAAGAAAAUGUUGCUCUCCCUGCCCAACAGUUUCAACCACCUGCUCAACCAAGAGCUUCUACAUCAGGUAGCGAAGAAGCUAAGUUACUCCAAGUCAAGCCUGUAGAUAAUGCAUAUGAAGAAAUUAUUAGUGAUCAUGAAGGUCGCAGACCUGUUGGUGCUAUUAGAGGGGAUUAUUCGUCAGUUCCUAGUAACAGUGAAGCUAGCAUUGGUACCUUGAGCCGUGCCGGCAGUGACACAGCAAUUGGUAGCGGAGAAUCGGCAAAUUACCAGGAAUCAGGAGGAGCAGGUCAAAACUCAAUUAGUGUGCAGCCUAUGCCAGAAAUGAAGUACAGUCAGGCCAAGGAAUCCCAACUGGUUCAACCUAAACCUGCAGCAUCCCAAGAGAGCUAUCAAGGUCAGGACCUUUCAAGCAGUGGAAAAGAGAUUACUGAUGGUGCUUCUGAAGUGAGCAAUUCGGUGUCAUUCGCGGGAUAUGACGACUAUAUUUCAGGUACUGAGGUGGGAUAUGAAGAAGACCGAGGUAGCGUGGUGGAUUCUCGCGUAGUGGAUUCUCCGGAAGGUCAGUCAGCUAUUUAUCAAGAAAAUCCUCCUUCAUCCGGUUAUCAAGUUGAUGAUUACAAACAGGGGAAUGUCGCACAGCCAACUAUCCCAGUAGCUGAACGACUACCACCCGUCUCAUCAAUUGACAGAGAACUUGCGUCAAAUAAUGGAAAAGAUAGGAAUGCAAUCAUCGAUCAGACGAGCGUAGAAAGUGACGGUUUAACUUGUAACGAUGAAGAUCUGAAGAAUAUUGUCGAAGCAGCUUUAACAGAGCAUCAAGACAAUUUGGAUGCUGCGCGAAAGAUUGAGAGUGAAGCAUCAAGACGUUUCGGUGGUCGUUUCAAUUCCAUUGUUUCGGAUUCAGAAUUUGCAUAUGUGAACUGGUAUGGAAAACGUAACUGUCAGCUGCAAGUACAUGGAAGGCAUUCACUGACUUGGGAAGACUAA